AAGAAGAUAUCAUCAAAUGUCAAUCAUGUGAUGUGUAUUGAGGACUUUAGGAAUGGUAUAUUGGUGCAGAGCACGUUGUGCCCAGGCUUUGGAACGAUGGUGUGCAACUUGUUCACGAGUAGACAACCAGAGUCGAAUGAGGAAGAGAAGUGGAUCGCAGAGUACGUCAGUGGCAGUGUCAACUCAAUUUACAAGAUACCAGUGCCCAUAUCAAUGGUUGGCGAAACACUUGGCUUUGUCACCACAACAAUGUACUCGGGCGCAAAGGCACUGGUGCUGGGCAUCAUUGAUGAGGGCGACGAUGGCGAUCAGGCACCCAACCCGCACGCAUCAUCCUCGUCGCUGCCCACGGCAGCCGCUCACCAUGACUCGCAUGGCAAGUCGCGCUUCACCAUCCAUCCCCCAUUCUCCACGAUACUCAAGAGCUCCAUGCACCUGGUAAUCAUCGCGCACAGUCCAACGGCCCCAGUGUUCAAGCCCAACAUUCCUUCGAUCAUUAGGAAGAUGGAGCAGGAGGACAAGGGUUCAUCACACUUCUCCACACUCUUCAAUCGUCUGUUCGCGCCUGAUGAAGUUGGUCGCUCUCAGGAACUACAGGACGAGACAUUCUUGCAUGAAGGCCGUCAUUUCUUCACAUCGACCUACUCUCCCACGCAGGUUGAGAUGGAGGACCUGCCCAAUACAAGCAGUCCCUCAGCCUCACCACGUCCAACAGUAUUCAAUCAACCAAGCCAAGACCUAUUGGCCAGCGUCGACCCUUCAGAAAUUGAGGCACUGGAGGAGCCUCGACCAAACCCAUUGCUCGAGCUAUGCAGGACAGAGUUUGACAACAACUGGGAGGACUUCUUGUGCAAUGUGAUCGAGUCUGUCGACUCGAAGAAGUCGCAUUUGGAGGAGAUCGUCGAGGAGUUGGAGCCCAUCAUCAGAUCGAUCGAGAAGCAUCAGAACCUGGACAACGACGACCUGUACGACAAGGAGGAGUUGCCCCAGGACAACUGGAAGGAGCACAUCAUCAUCUGCGGCUCAGUGAACCGCAUCGACCUGUUCCUGCGUGGUCUACGCCAGAAGCACAUCGCCGAGAACCUCAAUCGCUUCCACUACAUCAAGAACCAGAAGGAGGACCGUGAGCUACUGCCGCCCACCAUUGUAAUAUUGCAUCCCGAGGAGCCGGACAUGAGCGAGUGGGACGACAUUGAGGACAUCCACUAUAUCAAGGGCUCGCCACUCGAGCGCAAGGAUCUGGAGAUGUGUCGCGUGCACCUCGCCUCCAAGAUCAUCAUUCUGUCCGACCCAUACAGCAACAAGAACGCUUCAUCCGUCACGUCAGAGACUAGCGUGCAGCUGGACUCGGCUACAAUCAUGGCCUACCUCGAGGUCAACGAGAUGCUGGUCAACUCGACCAACAACUCGCUGGUUACCGUGGAGUUGGUGCACGAGCCCAAUAUCCGAUUCAUAUCGACCAAGAGCACCAAGUCACAGAUGAGCCAGAACACCAGACGCAAGAUCAAUCGCGAUGACGAGGAGCUUGAGAAGCCCAAGUACUACAUCACCAGUGACUUUGCCUCGGGCAAGGUCAUGACGCUCACAACACUCGACUCACUGCUCUGCCAGGCAAAUCACAAUGAGUUCCUGUUGGAUGUGGCGUCCGAGUUGGUGCUCGGAGUCAAUGGCAUCAAGCGCUAUCACAAGAAGAUCACAUCGAGAUAUGACGACGACUACUCUGAUGACUCUUAUGAAUAUGGUUCAAGAUACGAUAGUUAUGGAGAUGAUCACUCUGGUGAUGAGUCUACACCAGGUGCUGCUGGUGCUUCAAACAACAACAACAACAGUGGACACAACAGUCACAAUCAUAGCCUCAACAACAGUCAUCUAAACAUCAAUCACAAUCAUCGAAACAGAAGCUUCCUCAAGACCAACGUCACGCCCACCAUGUCCAAGAGUAGCAGUCUUGUCAGUCUUCAUCAAUACUACCAAGACUGCCUACUCAAUCAAAUCAAGGUGCCAAACCAAUUCCACGGAAGGACAUACGGAGAGCUAUUCGAAGGACUUGUUCAAAAGAACAUCUUGGCUUUGGGACUGUAUCGAUGCAAAGAGAUCACCGGCGCACCAAAUCCUUAUGUCUUCACAUGUCCACCUGCCACGACAACUCUGCACGAGAACGAUCUUGUGUACAUCCUCUACAGACAAAUAGAGACAUCCAAU